GAUUGAUGUGAGAAGUAACUCGCCAUCAAGAUCAGUCUACUAUUAUACUGUUAUUCUUUCAUGAAAUCUACAGCGGUCUCCUUCUUCUACCCUGUCCACCACCUCUAGAAAGUUUCAUUCGCAUACCCCGCGACCCCUUGUAGGUAGAACUACAGUUGUAAUUAUCGUGUUAUCAUACAUUUAUCUUUGUGCAAUAUACUCGUCAAAAUCAUGCUACUUAAGCCGAAGCAAGGUAAAUACUACGGAAUUUUUAUUUUUUGAUAGCUCCUCGUGUUCGUUGUAUCGGGCCUGUCGCGCCUCUUCCAACAACGAGCAACGCUGUUAUUUCCAACAUUUGGAUAAUGUCUUCUUAGAACCACGAGCUAGUUGGAGGUGCAUAUGAGACAACAGUAUGUAAGCUUCUCUAUCUCUAGGUUGUGAAGAUCAUUCAUCUUUGUCAUUGACUCCGUGUCCUCAGCAUUCACAGAUUAGGAGUUGUACGCUAACGAUGAUCUAGGACCACUUCAACAUCGAUCUUUGUCAAAGAGCACAAAAAGAUGGUUGUGAACGUAGCUGCAAUACCUGGCGACGAUCGGGAUGCCGAUGGACGGAGCGACGUCUCAGACGCCUCCAGCACCACGGCCGGUUCCGAGACUAACGUGGCGUCAACAGCGAACAAUAAGAGCAAGGCACAGGCAGGAGGGUCCUCAUCGUCCUCAGGUUCAGCCAGUCCUGUGGAGAAGAAAAGGAGAACCAGCACUGUAUCGACAUCAGCAUCCUCCACGGCCUCUAGUACGUCGAGUUCGAGACCAGGAGCGAUCAAAGCCAAUGUCAGUGCCGCGGCCGAAAAGCAAAAGGUUACUUGCUUGUCCGACAUAGAAUUGACCGAUGAAACUGCACAGCGAAGCGAGUACCACUUCGGCUAUUUCGGACUGCUCGACAAGUUCAUCUUGCCACUGCUACGAGACAAGCGGGACCUGCCCAUGGUCUAUCUGCAACUCAAUAUCAUCAAUUUUCUGUGGCCGUUGGCGCUUGCAGUAUUGUACACCGGUAACGUGUAUCUGGGAAUCGCUUACCUCCCAAUCGCGCUUCUGGGCUUCAUGGAACGCUUUAUCCUCAUGCUGCACUUCGCGUCGCACAGGAAAGUGUUCAAAAACGAAUUUCUCAGCGGCUUUGCACUCUACUUCAUCGCGCCAUUCUUCGGAAUCCCGCCAGGUACGCCUUUUUUAGGUGCGUCGUUCUGCACCACAAAUCGUAUCACGACAAUGCUGACAACCAUCUCGAAUAUGAGCAAGAAUUAUGAUCUGUAUCAGUACGUGUAUCGUUGCUAAUAUACUAGAAGGACGAGAUGAUGAGAUGAAAUGUGUCGCGCUGAAGACCGAUCUUCUCUCGACCAAGUCAUCACGGACAAAAACAUCAUCGGAUUGAUACUUCUAGACUUUUCAUUCUUCAUACCAAAUAUUUAUCACAACCACCACCCAGGCGCGUACUAUCUGCAUCAUAUCAUCAUGCAUCAUGGGGAGAACAACCAUGGCUUGGACACUUCCGAAACUGAGAGCUACCAUCGGGAGGGCGUUUUUGGCUUCUUGAAAUACUGGUUGCGUUUCCUCGUUGGUCUGUCAAUAGAACUACCAGUUUACGCACUGCGAACCGGCCGAGUCGGCUGGUUCUUCUUCUUCUGGGUGUGCAUGGGAUCGUGGGCGUCCGUCAUCGCAGCGUGCUGGAAAUUUUUCACACCAACGGGAACCAUCUUCGUGUGGAUUGCACCACACUUUCUGGCGCUCUCCGCGAUGGCAUUAGGAAAUUACGCGCAACACGUACUGCUACUGUUCUGUUCAAUAAAAUGUAAAUGUUGACUUUUUGUCCUAAGUAAUUGAUGGCAGACCAGUGGCUUUUUUACUGGAAGUAGAACGCUUUGUUCUCUGGUUGUUCAAAAAAAAAGAUUGCUCCUCGUCAAUGACUUGUACAAUUGUUCUCCAAUAUCUGAAUACAACGAGCAAUGUUCUCCACUAGGUCUUCGUUGAUCCGGAUUCACCGUCAAAUAACUACACACUGUCGUACAACUGCCUAAAUGUGGGGACGAAUCAGACGACGUUCAAUGAUGGAUACCACAUCCUGCAUCACAUCUUUCCGCGUCUCCACUGGUCCGAGCUGCCGCGAAAGUUUGCGACGUCAUUGCGGGAACAUAAGAGCAACCGAGCCCUGACGUUCCGAAAUAUCCACUUUUUCGAUGUCGGAGUACUCGUUUUAACUGGCCAAAUAGAAAAACUAGCAAGGGAGCACUACGUCUUUCUGGACGAGAAGGGGGUAAUUAUAAUAUCAUUAUCACUUACAACUUGUUAUACUUAUUUUACCCUCUUUCUAUUAAUAUGAUAACUUGUUCUUGCUCAAAGCACUAAGUAAAACAACCGGUUAGUUUUCACCUCGAUCACAGUCGUAGACUUAUCCCGUGCAACAAUAUGAUAACUUGUUCCUGUUAGACGAACAAGCGGUCCUCGAUCUUGAGUUAUUACCCCUACUUGUACUACGUCGUAAGGAAUGACAUUAACAAUGACCACGAUCAUUACCUGAAUUCAAAUUUAUCUGUUACUGUUUCCCCGCAUUUCUUUCUCUCCGUCUCCUCAUCGCGACUUCACUCGUUCUUUCCAGAUUCGGCGCGAGCAAGACAAGAGUGGCGUUGAUUCCAAAGAUAAACGCAGCUUGGAAGAGGAGGUGCCAACAGUGGCUGAUGUUACCCGUGACCUUUACAGGAGACUCACAUUUAUUCCGCCAUACAGUCGAAAAAUCGACUGAGCGACAGGUGUCAGAGGAGGGAUGAUGUGCGCAGCCUCUACUGGGUCGGUCAUCGGCGACGAUAGAUGCUGGAGGAAGGAGGUGGUUGUCGAGAUCUCGCUAGUCUCUUCAACAUUGAAGAUAAGGCUGAACGACAUGGACACGGACCUGAUGUCAAUUGUCAGGUUGUGCUCUUUCUUGUCCAGAAGUCAAAAACAGAACACCACAGCUAGUUGUAUAACUUUCAGAUGUUUCCAUUAAUAUUGAGUUGAUGUCGACGAGAAGAGUUUGGAGCAUGUUGUUGCCAAUGCUUGCAUCGAAAUCAUUGCUCCUAAAUUCCUAGUAUGCUCGUCUGAGCCAGAAGUCCGAGUCGUGUGCAGUUCAAGUAUAAUUAUGGAUUUUUUUGACGUCCCUAUACAUAGGGUACAUAUUGUGAUUAGGGUGUCUCUCUACUGUUGUAAAACGUAUUCUUCGAGAUUUUUUACUCAUGCUGCUGUGGAAAUUCUGCUCUUCGCGAUGGGGGUUGAAACAAAAAGUAGCCACGUCUCACUCUCCUCAUCGUUACAACGAUUUUUAGGAUUCUUUAAAACGCAACAGCCGGAGCAAUUUAAGGAGACUGCGCCUCAACCAGCUGCAACCACGUGCUGUCCGUAGUUCUGCAGCUGCUAUUUUCUAUCUUUACAAGACGACGAGAGCACUAUGUUCAUCUCGAUGUCGGACUAAGAUGCAUAUCUUGAUGACGUGGCUGCCGCUAGAUGAAGAGUUAGACAAGAUCAAGAUACAUCUAAAUCUUCAGGCUCGUCUGUCUAGGACGAGUUGUUGUACCUCCAAAGAAAUGAGGUCAAUCCUCGUCGCUUAUGAAAGUCAAUCUUCUGAUUCGUCGUAUUUGUAAUUGGUUGUAUCAACAUCAUUAAGCUUAUAUUUAUCACCUGCAUGCUCCUACGAAUUCAACAGGCUUCUCCACGUCGAACCAGAAGUUUCUAUCUACUUACGCAAAGACGCUAACAUCGACCACAACAUGUUGUUUGCUUUCUGAGAUACAUUACAGUUGCUGCAUGAUGAAAAUGAUUACGGAACAGGGACGAGCUGGCCUUGGCUUUGGGACGACCUGCUCGGGGCGUUGCUGCAACGCUAAGACUACACAGGCACAGCAAAUAUGUGUGUUCUUGCGG